UCCAGGACAAAUGACCUUUAAUGAAAUGAACAGUACAGGUAAUUGCCUACUGCCCCUCAAAUCAUCCUGUUCAAAGAUAUAUUCUUCUGAGGCAGCUUACAUGUCACUGUAUGUGUUUGCUGCAGUUGUGGUGUUAUUUACAAUGUUUGGAAACCUAUUUGUAAUCAUCUCUGUCUGUCAUUUGAAGCAACUUCAUACUCCAACCAAUAUCCUUAUCCUCUCUCUUGCUAUGUCUGAUUUUCUGGUGGGUUUAUUUGUGAUGCCUGUGCAUUUAAUGAUUUGGAUUGAAUCUUGCUCACUGUUUAAGCCAGCAUUUUGUUCCUUCUCUAAUAUGAUUAGUUUCCAUUUAACUUUUGUCUCUAUAUAUAAUAUUACUUUCAUUGCUGUAGACCGUUACUUUGCCUUAAGUAACCCUUUCCUCUACUCCAAGAAGGUUUCACUCUUACUAGCAUUUAUUAUCACAACACAUGUCUGGAUUGUGUCACUGUUUUACAACUGUGCACUUCUUUACUUUAAUGGGAACUUCAAGCACAAAUGUUCGGGUAGAUGUCUUCCUUACAUAAAUGAACUGUGGUUUACUGCUGAUCUUGUAAUUGUUUUUAUUUUACCAUGUGCUACCAUUAUAAUUCUGUACAUGAAAGUUUUCUUCAUAGCUAGAAGGCAUGCAGUCGCAAUCAGGGCAACUUUGGACUACCAGAACAAUUACGACUCAACAAGAUCAGAGAGAAAAGCUGCCAAAGUUCUUGGAAUUCUUGUAUCAGUCUUUCUGAUAUGUUUAAUACCCUAUUAUAUUUGUAUGUUGCUGUUUGAUGUAUUAGCCCAGUCAUAUGACCAUGUAGUGAAUAUCAUGAUAACCCUCUUUUUCCUCAACUCCACCAUCAACCCCCUAAUUUAUGCUCUGUUCUAUCCUUGGUUUCAGAAAAGUAUGAAACUAAUUUUCACAUUCAGAAUAUGCAAGACCGACUCCUCACUGAUGAAUGUGCUCUCAAGUGGUUACUGAGCUUGUCUGCCACCAUGAGGUGUUUACCAUGUGUAAAUGCCACUUGUAACCAUUUGCAAUUAAAACAAUGUAAUCAUUCC